AGAGAUUUAAGAAGCGAGUCCGUUUGUUUCUUUUUCUCGACUCCGAGUGACGUCAGCACAUUGCGUGACGUCGGCCACAGGUAAGCGUUUCCUUUCCUUGUCGACCAGUUUCGCUCAGACGCUCACCCACCUGUUCGCGGUGGACAGAGGACGGAAUGGGGAAGCUUCAGGAAUUCGAAAUAACUAUUAAUAACAACAAAACAGUUUAUAGUCCAGGUGAAUCUCUCUCCGGAACUCUGAAAAUCUCAAUUGCACAGCCAAUACAAUGUAAAGCAAUCAAAGUGAACUGCCAGGGCUUCUGUGGAGUGACCAGCAAAUCAAAUGACACAGACUGGACAGAGGAGGAGCAGUACUUCAGCAGCUCAGUCUCAAUAGCAGAUAAAGGCACUCUGAAAGAUGGCGAGCACAGUUUUCCCUUCAAGUUUCUCUUGCCAGCUGCUGCACCAACAUCAUUUGAAGGGCCUUAUGGACAGAUUAUAUACAGAGUUCGGGCUUUCAUAGACACACCUCGUUUUGCAAAAGACUACAAGAUAGAGAAGCCAUUCUCUAUGAAGAACACAGUCAACCUGAAUGAAAUACCUGGUAUACAGGAACCUAGCUCAUCUUCUGUAACCAAGAAUUUCUCAUACAUGCUUGUGAAGAAUGGGACAGUGGUGCUGAAAGCUAAGAGCGACAUGCGAGGAUAUAUCGCUGGAGAGAUCAUUAAAGUGUUCGCUGAGAUUGAAAACAAAUCUGAUAAGUCAACAGGUCAUGUGGUUGCCAGUCUAAUGCAGAAAGUUACGUAUAAUACCAAGAAGCCGACAUAUGACUUGCGGGCAGUAGCGGAGGUUGAAGGACCUGGAGUUAAGGGUGGACAAAAAACUGAAUGGAAAGAGCAGAUUAUUGUACCUUCUCUUCAUCUGUCCACCCUGACUGAUGGAAACCUCAUUCAGAUCUGCUACUACAUUCAGGUCUGUUUGAAAUACCCAGAGGCGUCAUUAACUCUGCCUAUUUACAUUGGAAGCAUUGCAGUGGAUCCAACUCUGCCUUCCCCCUCCCGGGCAGUUCCACCCAUGCCAGCCCCACGUAACAACCCCACCCCUGCCCCUGGCCCUUCUCCUGUUGCUGCUCCCGCCGAAUCUGCCCCUCCCAGCCUGCCACCACGCACAACCCCAAAACCUGCACCCAAACCCAGGCCUCGUAGCUCCUACACGUCCCCCAGUGCGCCUCCUUCUGAUCUGUACCCAGAGCUCCCAGGUGUGGCUAACUACAAUGGGGAAAUGCCAAAAAGUCCACUGCAUGAGUCUAGUUCCCAGGCUCCAGUGUCUCCCAAUGCAUUCAGCUAUGCUCCUGGACUCAGCUUCAGACAGAGACAGAGCUCCCUUGGCCCAUCAGCACCCCCCUUCAGUUCAUCCACCAGCCCUGAAGACACAAAUCAAAUGUCCUCUUCAGCGAGCUUGCCUCCAAACUAUAGGAGUUCAGCAUAUCCACAUGGUAUGGCAUAAUCAUUCCACUGAAACAUUUGAGUGAUAAAGGAAGAGCCUCCACCUUCUUAUGAAGAUAGCUGCAAUAUAUAGGAUGUUUCCCAACCAUACGAAGAAGGGAGAAAAACACUGAAACUAUUCAUAACACUCCUGUGACUUUAUAAUAAAUGCAGACCUCAAGCACUUUUGAACCAAAUGUGUAAUUAUACAAAUUCUGUAUUCUUGCGAGGUCUGUGCUCUCAAGAAUGUUUUUGUUUAACCUAUUUAACCUAAGAGGUCAGCUGAUACAAAACUUCAGAUUUGGUUUGGCAGCUAUUAUGCCAAACAGUUGGAAAAUGCUUUUCAUUUUCGUCUUUGCAGAUGAUCUGUAAAAUAGAUCUGCCUCUUGCAAGGUUAUUUUACCACUUGUUUUUAGGAGUUUUAUCAAUAGUUUUAUUUUUAGAAAGAGUAUUAAGUACUCUUUUACUAGACUAUCCCUUGUUUUGUACAUUUGUGCUUGCAAUCACUCAACCCCCAGGGUCAAUUUUUUUAGCAUGUGUAUGCUUUGUUUUUAUGUUCUUGAUAAACUAAGGAAGAAUCCAGUUUGAUUGAAAUUGUAAUUUUAUAUGCACAUAUCCUCAAGUUAUUAUACAAGACUGCUGAAUAUAUAGUUCAAGUUUUGUGGUAUUUAAUAAUUCGUUUCUCACUUUAAUGAUUAAUUUCUGCCUUUGUUAGUAUUGCGCACUACUUGCAUAUUAAACACUU